AUGGGAAGAGAAUGCGGACACAGCGCACGGCCUUCGCGAGUGAACACACUGAAAAACAAUACGCUCUCCGAGAACGAAGUUUUUAAAUCGAUGAUGGCGGCUACUGAAGUUGUUUUUUUAAACGAGGAUGAUGUGCCAGGCGCAAAACUGUUAAAGAAGCCAUCAGAGUGCAGUGUAACGGAGCUGAAAAGAUGGCUGGAGUGUCGUGGAGCAAAGAAGAGUGGCACAAAGAAAGUCCUAAUCGAAAGAGUCGAAGGUUGUCUGAAAAUCAAGAUGAAGAUUGAUCCCAAGAUUGAUGGCGGUAAAUGGUACGAAGCGAAAGCUAGCAAAAUUGGAGCUGCAGAUGCACCUAUGAAGCCAAGUAAAGAGGAUACAUUGUCAGAGUCUAGUUGGAAGGAUUUUCCUUCCAGAAAUAUCCCACCAAUGUUUAAUUAUGGAAACAUUUAUUAUUAUCUGAUUGAGUCUGUUCCUAUGGUUGCUGACGCUUUUGGGAAUGAUAGUAGCAGUGAUUCAGAUUAUGGAGAAAAAGAAGAAUUCCAAGUUGCAACAGCAAAACCAUUGAAAAAAGGAAGUAACCUGGUAAAAAGCAAAUUUUUAGAAGAUGUUCAAGACAAUGAAGGUUAUGACAGCUAUGCACUGCGAGCACACAUUCAUCAUUCAAUGAAGAAGGAGCUGCCAUUGAGUACACAGAUUGCCUUGAGCAAGUCAAGUGGAUUUGUUAAGUCAGCCUCCUGUACUUGUGUUGCAAAGUCAUUAGGGAGGUGUGCCCAUGUUGCAGCCUUACUGCUGUUUCUUAAUGAUUAUAUAACAAAGAAUACUUGCCAUGUUGAAGUACCAAAAACAUCUUUGUCAUGUAAUUGGAAUAAAGGAAAAAGAAGGAACAAGAACCCAAUGGAGCUGCACAAAGCCAUUUACAAUUCUCCGAAAGAGAAGGUGGAAACGUAUUACCAGGAUCCUAGGCCAGUGAAAUACAGAAAAACUGAUGAUAAAUUAAAGGCAACAUUUGUAAAGGAUUUGCAAACCAUCAGUGCAGCAAAACAAGAAUUGUCAAUGUGGGAAACAAUCCUUCACAUUGAGUAUGAGGAUUUUGAGCUUGGCAAAAAUGACUUUUCUAUUUAUAAAGCCCAGGUUGAUCAAUUUGUCCAAGCAAUACAAGAUAGUUGUGAUAGCCUUUGUUCAGCAAGAAGUUCAUGUUGUGUCCCAGGCACAGAGGAACAAAGUGAAUCGGAAAAAUGGUUUUUGGAACGCUGGCCCAGAAUUACUGCAUCCAAGUGCAAGUUAGUGACCGUUUUAGGAGAAGAUGUUGCUUCAGAACACCCAUCAAAACUCAAGCUCUACAACUUUUUAUACCAUCAUUUUUGGUUUCAAGAGAGAGUCCUAACUGGUGACAUGAAGUAUGGCAUUGAAAUGGAACGCAUAGCAAGGCAUGCUUAUUGUAGUAAAACAGGAGCAAGUGUUAUUUCAACAGGAUUCUGGGUGAACAAAGAAUACGCUCAUCUUGGUGCUAGCCCAGAUGGCAUCAUCAUUGAAGAUGAUAAAGAAGUAGGCAUCAUAGAAAUUAAGUGCUUGAAAAUAUUUAGAAGCAGAAAUGUGGAGGAUUUACUGUCUGACAUAAGUAAAGGAACAAUUCCAAAGAAACUUAUUCAAAGACAGUGCUUUCUGAUACAUGAUGAUGGUAGUUUAAAACUCAAACAAGAGCACAAGUACUACUAUCAAGUACAGCUUCAGCUAUUGGUAACUGAUCUCAGUUUUUGUGAUUUUGUUCUAUAUUCAGGCAAAGGAACAAUACACAUCGAAAGAAUAUUUCCUGAUAAGACUUUGCAAUAUCACAUUAUCAGUGCUACUUAUGCCUACUGGUAUUGUAUUUUUGUUCCAGAAUACUUUUUAAUGCGUGUACCAAGAAAACUACUUCCACUUGUGUUUAGAUAA